CCCGGGAAGAUGAGCGGCACCGCCAGGUCCAGCCACCUGUCGCAGCCGGUGGUGAAGAGCGUGCUGGUCUACCGCAACGGGGACCCGUUCUUCGCCGGCCGCCGCGUCGUCAUCCACGAGAAGAAGGUGUCCAGCUUCGACGUCUUCCUGAAGGAGGUGACGGGCGGCGUCCAGGCGCCCUUCGGGGCCGUCAGGAACAUCUACACCCCGCGCACCGGCCACCGCAUUCGGAAACUGGACCAGAUCCAGAGCGGGGCCAACUACGUGGCUGGGGGCCAGGAAGCCUUCAAGAAACUCAAUUACUUGGACAUAGGCGAGGUCAAGAGGAGACCCAUGGAAGCCGUGAACACAGAGGUGGGCCCGGUCAUCCACAACAGCAGGAUCAACGUGUCGGCCCGCUUCCGGAAGCCGCGGCAGGAGCCCUGCACCAUCUUCUUGAUUGCAAACGGAGACCUCAUCAGCCCGGCCUCCCGCCUGCUCAUCCCCAGAAGAGCCUUGGCUCAGUGGGACCAUGUGCUGCAGAUGGUCACGGACAGGGUCACCCUGCGGAGUGGGGCGGUGCACAGACUCUACACGCUAGAAGGAAAGCUCGUGGAGAGCGGCACCGAGCUGGAGAACGGGCGGUUCUACGUGGCCGUCGGCCGGGACAAGUUCAAGAAGCUGCCUUACAGCGAGCUGCUGUUCGACCGGUCGGCGGUGCGCAGGCCUUACGGCCAGAAAGCGUCCUCGUUGCCGCCCAUCGUAGGAUCCAGGAAGUCUAAAGGGAGCGGAAAUGACCGCCAGUCGAAGUCGACGAUCGGGUCCAGCGACAACUCGUCCCCUCAGCCCCCGAAAAGGAAAGGGAAGAAAGAAGACGCGAGUUCAGAGAAGCCGACCAGAGUUCAACAAGGCGGCAAGUCGCGGAGUCCGCAGCAGGCUGUCCCCAGCAGUGAUGAGGGUGUCUUCAAAGCUGGAGCGGAGAGGUCAGAGACGCGGGGGGCAGCGGAAGUCCAGGAAGACGAAGACACUCAGGUCGAGGUCCCAGUGGAUCAGAGGCCGGCAGAAAUCGUGGACGAGGAGGAAGAUGGAGAGAAAGCCAAGAGGGGCGCAGAGCCGAGAGAUGGCGUUUCGGGGAUGAGUGGUGAUGCCGGAGCCGGAGCGGGCGGGGAGGCCUCGGGUGCCUCCGAGCACGUCACGGAGACCCUGGGCCACAGCGAGGAGCAGGCAGGGCCCGCUCGCAUGAACGGAGGCACCGACGAAGAAAAUGGAGAGGAACUGGAUCAGGUUAAUAAUGAGAGUCACACGGCCGUGGACGAGGAGCAGGCUCAGGGAGCUGACGGACAAGAUGAGGCUGGUGUGGACCCUCAGAGACCGCCGAGGCCCGAAGUGAAAGUCACCAGUCCGCAAGAAAACGAAGGCCACGAGCAGGGGCAGGACCGCGCUGUGGUGGCGUAGACGGCUUCAAGGCGAGCGUGUGGCUAGAGGGGCUGCAGGGGUUGAG